AUGAGGUUAUCACGAUGGACAACGCGACUGGCAAUAUUGGAGACCACAGAAAUGGUUUUCGCCCUGAGCCCAACUCCGACUUCAACUGGCACCAAGGCUAUGGUUCCCACCGCCGCUUACGUGCUAGGCGGUGCGCCGUUGCAAUUAUUCAGACGUCAAGAUUGCCCGGCUGGCACAUCCAAAUGUUCGGAUUCACUAGGCGCGGCAUUUGAUGGAAUAUGUUGCGCCACGGGACAAGUGUGCGAAUUGGAUGAUAAUAACCGGCCAGCUUGCUGUCCCUCUGGAGCUGUUUGUACCGGCACGGCUCCGACGACAGUACCGACUGCUACGGCAGUUUCAUACGUCCCCAAUGCUUACUUUCCAUUCCCAUACAUAGCGACAUCGCUCGAUCGCGGCGAGUGUUCAUCAGCCCUCAGCCAAUGUUCCCGCAACUACCAAAGUUGCGUCACUCAAUUAGACGGCAAUGCGGGCUUCGGCGUUACUGUGAUUGUUCCGGGCGGUGGUGGAACCACCGUCGCCGCAACCCGACCGGACGUCGGAACAUCAGCAACACCUAUAUGUUCCAGUCUUAGCUCCCAAGCAUGCUACGGCUUGAACAACGACCAGUGUGCUCAAUCGACCACGGUGAAUGGCGUCGUCAUCAACGCCGCAGCACGUCCGACAGCGGCAUGCGUGGCCAAACUCGCGGCGGGCUUAGGGAUCGCCGUGUUCGGUGCCAUGCGAUGA